AGAUUUGCGGGUGGAAGACUUCUGGAUCGAGACGGAGCCCCGGGGAGGAAGGACUUGGUUAUUCUGGAGCCCCAGAUGCUGAAGGGCUGACGGGAAUCGGCAGCACUAGCCUCCCUGACCCUUUCCCAUCCCAGACGUGCGGGCCUCUCGACUGCUAGGGCUUCCUCGGUAGAAUGUGGGGCCGUGGGAAAGGACGCUCUUCGUCCCCGGAGGCUGAGGCCUGCCGUAUUUUGUUCUAGCGUCGGAGGGGCUAUCGGUGCGCUCCUCCGCCAUGCGGUAACCUGUUCACGCUCCUGGAACCGCUUUUGAGUCGGAAGUAAACUGAGUGGUUAUCACCAUUCGCUAAGAGUUCAGGUUACCCACCAGGAGAAUUUGACAAUGAGCAGCCGGCGGAAACAUACCCCGCCAGUGAGAGCAGAUGAGGAAAGGCGGCGGCAGCGUUGUUGGAACAUGCACGAGGACAGAAGGAAUGAGCCUCUCACCUUGACUGAUGACGAGGAGCUCCCCUGCCUUGGUCUACAUUCCCGCUCAGCUCACUGCAUCAUCCUAGAUGAUGAUCUAAAGGACGAAUUGUCUCCCAGAAAUAAGUUUUUAGAGGCAGAGAGCAUCUCAAAAUCAGUCGAUAAAGAAGAUACUAGUGGCCUUUCUACCCCUUUGUCUAUAAAGCUAAAUAUUGUGAUUUCUCCCUAUCACUUUGAUAAUUCUUGGAAAGCAUUACUAGGAGAAUUAACUCUUCAGCUUCUUCCUGAACAGAGUUUAAUUGAAAAUUUUUCUGAAAGGAGUUUUACACUUAUGAAUUUAGAGUCAAGCAAUCAGUUCCUGAUCUAUAUUCAUUCAAAAUACAAAGAUGUAGAGAAACAAGAAAAAGGACUCAGCGAGCCAAUUAGUCUUUGUGACAAGGGUAUUCGAGUCAAAUCAUCCUUCAGUGAUGAAAUGUUUGAAGAUCUGGAAUGGCUGCAAAAGAAGAGAAGAAUAAAACUUUAUCAGAAACCAGAAGGAAAUCACAUUAUCAAGGUUGGAAUUUAUCUUUUGGAAGAUGGCCUAGCGAAACUAGAUUUUUUGAGUGAUACAAAUUCAAGAAUGAAGAAGUUCAAUCAACUCAUGAAGAGAGUUAUGGAAAAGUUGUACAAUUUUAUUAUUCCAGAUGUGUUGGAAGAGGAUGAAGAUGAUUCAGAGAGUGAGCCAGAGGGACAAAACAUUGAUGAGCUCUAUCAGUUUGUGAAGCAAAUACAUAAGCGAGAAUCACAGUCCAUCCAAGUGGAUGUCCAGCAUCCUGCGCUGAUGCCUGUGUUGAGACCAUACCAAAGAGAGGCUGUCAGUUGGAUGCUACAACAAGAGCAUUUUUGCAGAAGCGUUCCUGCUGGUGAAAAUGCCCUGCACUUAUUAUGGCGAGAGAUUGUUACAUCUGAGGGUUUGAAACUCUACUACAAUCCAUAUACUGGCUGCAUUAUGCGUGAGUACCCAAAUGCUGGGCCACAGUUGCUUGGUGGAAUCUUAGCAGAUGAAAUGGGUCUUGGAAAGACAGUGGAGGUUUUGGCUCUGAUUCUGACUCAUACUCGACAAGAUGUCAAACAAGAUCCUCUCACUCUUCCUGAGGGAAAAGUGGUGAAUUAUUUCAUUCCAUCACAUUAUUCUAGAGGAAAAGUAAAUAACACAGAAACCCGGAAUAUGGAAUUUAGACCAAAAGAAAAAGUUCAGUGUCCCCCUACACGUGUGAUGAUCCUGACAGCUGUGAAAGAAAUGAAUGGGAAAAAAGGUGUUUCCAUGCUUUCCAUCUAUAAGUAUGUCAGUUCUGUAUAUAGGUAUGAUGUUCACCGGAACAGAAGUCUUCUGAAACGGAUGCUGAAGUGUUUAAUUUUUGAAGGUCUUGUGAAACAGAUCAAAGGCCACGGUUUUUCUGGAACUUUUACACUGGGGAAGAAUUAUAAGGAAGAGAAUGUAUCUGAUAAAGCAAAAAAACAGGCAGUAGGUAGUCCAAGGAAAAUUGAAAAAGAAUCCAGAAAAUCAGGAAGCAAAGACACAGAUUCUGAAUACUUCCCCUCAGACUCUUCUGAUGAUGAUGAUCCUUAUUAUUACUAUAAGCCCAAGAAAAAUCGUAAUAAAUUGAGGAAAAAUCUUGUUCCCUCUGCAAAAGCGAGAAAAAGUCAGCCUAACAUAGAUCUCAAUUCACAAAAUCACUGUCCAGCUACCAGUGACUCUGGAAUUACUGAUGUUACCAUAUCUGAAAACACAUGUAUCUUUGAAGUGAAGCAAGAACAUGCAACAGAGGGCCAAGGUGGGUCUCCACACCCUGUUGGUGGCAAUGUGCCACAUGCUAAUAUCAUGAGUCCUUUUAAUUCCUCUGAUUAUCGCUUUGAGUGCAUAUGUGGUGAAUCUGACCAGCGAGACCAUAAGCUGCGUAUUCAGUGCCUGAAAUGCCACCUGUGGCAACAUGCAAAAUGUGUGAAUUAUGAAGAGAAGAAUCUGAAGAUUAAGCCUUUUUAUUGCCCCCACUGCUUGGUUGCAAUGGAGCCAGUAUCAUCAAGAGCAAAUCUGAUCAUCUCGCCCAGCUGCAUCUGUCAUCAAUGGAUAGAUGAAAUCAGGAAGCACGUGAGGUCAUCAUCUCUUCGUGUAUUGGUAUAUCAAGGAGUGAAAAAAGAUGGCUUUUUACAACCUCAGUUUUUGGCCGAACAGGAUAUAGUUAUCAUUACCUAUGAUGUCCUUCGUUCAGAACUAAACUAUGCAGAUGUCCCACACAGCAGUAGUGAGGAUGGGCAUUGGCUACGGAACCAGAAGCGCUAUAUGGCUAUUCCCAGUCCACUUGUAGCCGUGGAAUGGUGGAGGAUCUGCCUUGAUGAAGCUCAGAUGGUUGAAUGUCCUGCUAUAAAAGCUGCAGAAAUGGCUCAGCGCUUGAGAGGGAUUAAUCGCUGGUGCAUCAGUGGCACUCCAGUGCAGAGAGGAUUGGAGGAUCUUUUUGGAUUAGUGGUCUUUCUUGGUAUUGAACCUUACUGUGUCAAACACUGGUGGGUUCGACUUCUCUAUCAACCUUACCUCAAGAAGAAUCCUCAGCUUCUGUACAACUUUAUUGCCAAGAUAUUGUGGAGGUCGGCAAAGGAAGAUGUGAUUGACCAAAUCCAGAUACCCCCUCAGACAGAAGAAAUCCACUGGCUUCACUUCUCUCCUGUGGAAAGACAUUUCUAUGACCGUCAGCACGAAGUGUGCUGCCAGGAUGCAGUAGUAAAACUCAGGAAGAUUUCUGACUGGGCUCUGAAGCUCAGCAGCUUAGACAGGAGGACUGUCACCUCCAUCCUGUAUCCACUGCUGAGGCUCAGACAGGCCUGCUGCCACCCACAGGCUGUUCGUGGAGAGUUCUUACCACUCCAAAAAAGCACCAUGACAAUGGAAGAGCUGCUGAUAUCUCUACAGAGGAAAUGUACAACUGAAUGUAAAGAAGCACAUCGGCAGCUAGUUUGUGCUCUCAAUGGCUUAGCAGGCAUCCAUAUCAUUAAAGGUGAGUAUGCCUUGGCAGCAGAACUAUACAGAGAAGUGCUGCGUUCAUCUGAGGAGCACAAAGCAAAACUCAAAACCGAUUCAAUCCAAAGACUUCAUGCUACACAUAACUUGAUGGAAUUGUUGGUAGCCAAGCACCCAGGGAUACCUCCUACCUUGCGAGAUGGCAGACUUGAGGAAGAGGCCAAACAGCUGCGAGAGCAUUACAUGAGCAAGUGUAAUACAGAAGUUGCCGACGCGCAGCAAGCUUUGCAGCCUGUACAGCAGAUGAUAUGUGAGCUGCAGAGAAAGAUUUAUUCUGUUUCUCCUUGGUGGCUAAAUGUGAUUGACAGAGCAAUAGAAUUUGCUAUUGAUGGGGAGCUUAUUCAGCGAGUGCGAAAUGAAAUAGCCAGCAGCUACAAGCAACAAACUGGCAAGCUUUCUAUGUUAGAAAAGUUCUAUGACUGCAGAGGUCUUCAGUACUUACUUACAACACAAAUGGAGGAGCUAAAUAAAUUCCAGAAGCUGGUAAGAGAGGCUGUAAGAAACCUGGAGGGACCUCCAUCUCGUGAUAUUAUUGAAUCUGCAACCAUCUGCCACCUCCGGCCAACCAGACUUCCUCUCAACUGCUGUGUCUUUUGUAAGGCUGAUGAAUUGUUCACAGAGUAUGAAUCGAAGCUGUUUUCUCACAUAGUCAAAGGCCACACUGCAAUAUUUGAGGAAAUGAUAGAGGAUGAAGAAGGACUAGUGGAUGAUCGAAUGCCUACCACCAACCGGGGUCUGUGGGCAAUAAGUGAGACAGAGAGGUCUAUGAAAGUGUUACUGUCAUUUGCAAAAUCACAUAGAUUUGAUGUUGCAUUAAUUGAUGAAGGAAGUACUUCAAUGGAUCUCUUUGAAGCAUGGAAGAAAGAAUAUAAGUUGCUGCAUGAAUAUUGGAUGGCUCUAAGGAAUCGUGUAUCUGCUGUUGAUGAACUUGCAAUGGCUACAGAACGACUGAGAGUGCGUCAUCCUGAAGAGCCAAAGCCCAGUCCUCCUGUUCUUCAUAUCAUUGAACCACAUGAGGUAGAACAAAAUCGUAUAAAACUAUUAAAUGAUAAAGCUGUUGCCACUUCACAGCUUCAGAAAAAACUUGGACAUCAUCUUUACCUAACUAACUUGAAAAAGUCUCAAGACAAAACUUCAGGGGGUAUUAAUCCAGAACCCUGUCCAAUCUGUGCUCGGCGGCUGGGAAAACAGUGGUCAGUACUGACCUGUGGGCACUGUUUCUGUAAUGAAUGCAUUUCAAUUAUUAUCAAACAGUACAGCGUGGGGUCUCACAGAAGAUCCAUAACGUGUGCCAUCUGCCGCCAGACCACGUCACACAAAGAAAUUUCAUAUGUGUGUACUUCAGAGAAAGCCAGACAGGAAAAGGACAUCCCUGUAAAGGGCAGUCAUUCUACAAAAGUAGAAGCUGUGGUCAGAACUCUGAAGACAAUCCAGCUUAGAGAUCCAGGGGCUAAAGCCCUCGUCUUCUCAACGUGGCAAGAUGUAUUAGAUGUUAUUUCAAAAGCUCUCACUGACAACAACAUGAAAUUUGCACAGAUCAGUAGUGUUAAUAAGACAUUUCAGGAGAACCUGUCAGCAUUUAAAUAUGAUCCCCAGGUCAACAUUUUGCUGCUGCCGCUGCGCACAGGUUCCAAUGGAAUAACUAUAAUUGAAGCAACUCAUGUGCUCUUGGUGGAGCCCAUCCUGAACCCUGCCCAUGAGCUUCAGGCCAUAGGACGGGUGCACCGAAUUGGACAGACAAAACCAACUGUUGUACACAGAUUCCUAAUUAAAGCAACAAUAGAAGAAAGAAUGCAAGCAAUGCUGAAAACUACUGAGAGACGUCACAUGAUCUCAUCGGUAAAGCACCCAGAAGCCUCCAUCUUGACCUUGGCUAAUCUUGCAGACCUUUUUACCCAAGAAACUGAAGAACUUGAAUGAAGUACAUUUGAUGCAAUCCACAAGCUGCAGUGUAUUCAAAUUAUUUCAUAGCUUGUAAAGCAGUUAUAAGUAAAAAAAUAAAGAAAAAUCCCAGUAGAUGUCAGUAAAUACUGUUUUAGCUAUAUGAAUUUAUUGCCUUUUUUAUUUGUACAGUGUCCUAGUAAUUAUUGAGUUCUUUUCAAUAACUUGCUUCUAAAAGAUCUAUAAAGAAUUUUAAUUUUACACUCCUAAUAGAAUCUUUAUUUUUGUUCCAAAGAAUAUCUCUAUCUAAUGAGGUGAGGGAACUAAGAGAGCAAAUAAGAGAGAAAAUUAAGUAGCUUAGUUUUCUAUGACCCAGUGUAUUCAACCAAUAGAGAUCUCAUUUUUGAAGGACCUUCAGUUUCUUCAGCAUACAUUCACCAGGAUAUUGUUUAAGUAGGUGGUGAAUUAUUUUAACUCCUGGUUGAUUAGGUUAUUUGAUUAGUUUUAACUCCAUGCAUAGUAACUUUAUAGUAAUACAGCUCCUAACAGUGUGUUAAUAUUAGGCAAUUAUUUCUUUUUUCUGUAUCUUGUUGCUAAAACACUGGACAUUUUUUGACUUCUAAGAUGUGUUAAGUGUAAACAGUUAACUUUAAGUAACAUUAAGUUAAGAUUAUCUUAAAAUUUACCUUUAAAUUACCUAAACUGCUUUACUUCUAAUCUUUAAGUUUUAAUGUUUUAAGACUGACUGAUCUGUAAAUAUUGCAAUUUUUAUAAUUUUCUUACCAUCAUAACAUGGAAAUAUGGCAGGUUGUCUUUUUUUAAUCAUUAUUGUAUUGAUGUCUUAGAAUUUCUUCCUUUCCCAUGUUCUCAUGUAACUAGACUUUUAACCACCAAUAUCUAAAUUUGUGAUAGGGUUUCUUAUUUUAUUACACUAGUACUUCCCUCAAGGACUAGCAUUUGAUCUUUAGAACAAGAGAAUGGCAUAUUUACAUAAGCAAAUAAUUGCAAGAGAUCAUAACUAAAUGUUGCUUCUUCUGUGAAGAACUAAUAGACUUUGAAAUCGCUAAAUAAGGGGUAGCUUGUUGUAUCCUAGCCAUUUGAUGUAAUAUAUAUAUUCUCAUUCUGGUUUGUUUUCUUUGAGCCUUUCUUAAGUGACCCUCAGGAUUCAUUAGCAUCUACUCAGCUGUCCAGAAAACUGUAAUAGAAGUAUUCCCAGGAUCACAUUUGUCCAAGGGACUCUGGUGCUUAGUUAAGGUGCAUUUUCUUAUUCUAGGUUUAUAGGGUGACAUAAUUCAACUGAGGAAAACACACACAUAUUUUUGGUGCUUAUUGUUCAGUUGAAGGGACAUGCAUUGAUUCUUUUAUAUGAAAUUAAACAGAACUAUUAUUUUUGUAGCUCUUUACACAUUAUAAAGAGCUUUCCUGUACAUUCAUGUGUUUAAUUUGCCCAAGAAUCCUGUGAAAUUGAAUUGACACCAUUCCUGUUUUGAAGGCAGAGAACUAAGAGAACUAUUGAGAACUGUGCCUCUGGCACGUAGCAACUAAACAGUGGAGCCCCCAUCUCCUGACUCCAAAUCUCAUGUUCUUUCUCUAAAUUAUAUGUAACAUUGAGAUUUAGAAGGCCCAUGGUUAAAUUUAGUGAUGACCAUAUUUCAGUAUUACUGUUUAUUUCCUAGUAUUCUUUUUUGAGAUAAAGUUUUAGGAAAAACAAUUUGAUAAUGCUUCAAUUUUGUAAAAAAAAAAAUAUAUAUAUAUAUAUAUAUAUAGACACACACACAUACCUGUAUUAGAGAAAAAAGACUGCUCUAUUUAUUUCUGUAAAAUAUCAUCAAUUAAAUAAAUAUUUUAGUGGAAAUUGAAAUUUGGGGAUUUAUUUAAUUUCUGAGCUAUAGACAUAUGGUAUGGCUUUUGGUUUUUGUUUGUUCACUUUGAUCUCUCAACAAAAGAUGUCAAAUAUACUGCAAAAUCCCAUAUGUUAUAGGUAUUUGUUACUUCUUCAGAACAGUUGUGACAAUUCUUCCAAAUAAUUGUUCAAAACAAGUGCAGAUGUAAUCCUUACACGUUCUUACCUAUAAACAAAGGACCUUUCUGUUUCCUUCUUUCAUCAUUUCAUAUUCUGUGAAAUAUCACUGUGCUUAUAAAUAGUUGUUCUUAAGCAGUGCUGUACUAAUGAACCAGUAAGAAAAAGUGAGGUAGUCCAAUUCUUAGAGAUUUUAAAUGUGUUUAGACCUUGGGAAGCAUUCUCUGUUAAAGGGAUCCAGGUGAGGUUACUAGGACUUGAAAGGACUUAACUUCUGUACAAUGUAAAAUACAUAAACUUAAUUCUGUAAUCUUUUGCUUUAAACGCAGAUAACUUUGCUAUGUUGAUUGCAGCUUCAACAUUCCUCUUUCUGUGUAAUGUCAGCAGAAUGAUCCUGCAUUUGGUUUUGGGGAUUCAUCCCUUUCCUAUCACACUAGCAAUAGCAAACUAAAAAACUCUUGUCACGAUAAUUCAGCACAUAACCAUAAAUAAUUAAUUACCAAACCCAACAGUACUUAACAUAUUUAGGAACUGAAUUCAGCCAUACAAGACCCAUCAUCAACUUAAGCUACCCUUUCAGUUGGACAAAGGAAGAAAUUACCUCUUUUAAAUCUUCUCCUGCUCUCAUUUACUAACUCUCCCAAGAUUUAGCAUGUUUGAGUUCUUUAUGUUUAUUAAACUACAGAAUGACCUUUGAGAAAUGCAGAAAUUUCCUAUGCUAAAUGAUCUCAGGCCUGGUCGAAUAAAAAAUAUCUUUCACUUUUCUAGAAUUUAAACAAAAAGCUGACAAUAAUACACCAUUUCAUAAUGUUUAACUAGCAUAUCAGUAUAAGAAUGAAAUGUUAUUUAAACAGUACAGUACAAGUAAUGCAUUUUAACCUUGUCUACUCUGAUAAAGGAAAUCUUCAGUAAAUCCUCAAUGAUCGAUUAACUCUAUAUUUUAUAAAAUUUUAUAAAAUGCAUAAGAAUCUCUAUGUACUUAUGUUAUGAAGCCCACAUGAAUGCUAUCACAUGUCAGUGUUAAAUAUGAACUACUUUCAAGCUUUCCUUCAGAGAAGGACUGUGAGUGAUUGAUAACCCCAAAGGGAAUUCAAGUCUCACAAUAGGUAAGCAGUGAUGCCUCUGAGUUACAGACAGAAUAUAGCACUAGUAAAAAAAAAAAAAAAAAAUUGCACUAGCAUUUAGCAGGGACCAAAGUUUCCUCCUCUAGCUUACCCUUGCCUUCAGUCAGAUUUUUCAGGGACACAUUAUCUUGUCUUUGAAGGUCCCACACCAUCACUUGGAUCCUAUUGCAUUAUUUAAUACCUGUAUCAGUAACUUUCAAGAAAUUUUGUUCAUUGAAACUGGCUUUGCUAUCCUGGAACCAAGUCCUUUCUACUGCAGCUUAUGCUCUCUUUCUUAUAAAAUAGAAAUAAAAUUUAAUUACUGUUAUCUGUAUAUUGAUCCUUUGUACAGGUGAUGUAUUAUUUAAUUGCUCAGUAACUUUCUGAACAGUUAAUAUAAUCCAUUGGGAAAUAAUGCAUCCCUUCAGCCUUUUCUUAAAGGUCUCCCUGUACAAACGCUUUUGUCUCCUAGAUGCCUGCUCUUAGGCUCCAUACCUCUGAUAGAGCCUCUUCAAGGAACUGUUUUGUCCAAGGACAUAUUUUCAACAUGGGGAAUCUGUUCAGAUCUGUAAUGUGUAUACCAUACAGUUCUGAUUUCUGAUCCCUCCAAUGCUUUAAGGAGCAAACAUUUAUACUUGAAUUUCCUUAGAAAUCUAGUUUCUCCUCACUUUAUUAAUUAUUUGGGGUGUAUCUACUAGAUUACCUGUGUUAUUUUCUUUCAAGACCAAUUAGUUUAUAUUUACUACAUCCAUGCUGAUUCAGAACUAUGAAGACAUCCUGUCCCUCAUCUGUUUUUCAGCUCCCUGUAAUUAAAUGAGUGCCAUAUCCUAUAUUUUCUGUUGUCACCGAAUGAUGUCUUCUUUGGUAAAUACAAUCCUGUGUUUUACAAAGGAAUAUGUUUCAGUGCCUGGUGUUGCUUUAUUUUAUUAGAAUGGUUAUUAAAUGAUUAGCUAUUAAACUAUUCAGCAUCA